AUGAAUCGGGGGUACGUGUCACCUACAACGGCGAAACGGGCUCUCGACUUCAAUUGGGGACGAAGAUAUGGCAUUUCUGGGUAUGAGCAAGAUAACAGGGCCAUAGAGACGAUGGAACAAAGGCGACAACCGGCGGCAGCACCAAGCCGUCCCUUCCGUUGCCUGGCUGGAGGCAAAGCAGGCAAAGAUACUGGGAAGGCAAAAGCCAAAGCCAUCUCACGUUCUGCAAGAGCAGGUUUACAGUUCCCAGUAGGCAGAAUCCACCGACAUUUGAAGAACCGCACAACAAGUCAUGGCAGGGUUGGAGCUACGGCUGCUGUCUACAGUGCUGCCAUCUUGGAAUAUCUCACAGCUGAAGUGUUGGAGUUGGCAGGGAAUGCCUCCAAAGAUCUCAGAGUGAAGAGGAUCACCCCUCGCCAUCUCCAGUUGGCCAUCAGAGGAGAUGAGGAAUUGGAUUCCCUUAUCAAGGCCACCAUUGCUGGAGGAGGUGUCAUCCCGCACAUCCACAAAUCCCUGAUCGGGAAGAAAGGAUCUCAGAAGCCUGUCUAGGCUCCCAAGUGUCAAACCUCCCUACCUUCAGCUCUCAUGUACAAGUGUUGGACCAAACCCCUUUUUUUUUUUAACUGAAGCAACUGAGACUUCUGGAAGUGUGGUUGAAUUCAUGUGUAACAUUUGCUCAGCAAUCCAAGCAGCCAUGCAUUAUCCUUCCCUUUUUACCUCUAUUUCUUCGUGUAUUUUUACGUGUCGUAUUUAUGAGCCAGACUCUGGAACCUGCAAGAUGUCUUCUGUAGAGCACCGAUCACAUGGAAGAAACUCUUGGUUUGAUGCCUUCACAAGUAAAGGGACUUCCUGCUACAAAGCAACUGAAAAUAGUUUUGAAUUUCAUUUCUGCAUGGUCUCAUUUGACUUUUGUUGUUAGACCCUUGUUAUUAGGGGAACAAUAUUAAAGAUCAGCAACACCCAGUUCUACCUUGG